AAGUUCCCUUAUUAAUGAAUAUGCACCGGGAUAUUCUCUCGGACGCCAAGGUCGAAUACGGUAUAUUUUUCGACGACUUAGUUUUUCCCGAUAAACUGCUGCGAUCGGAGUUGAUGUAUUUUUUCUUUAUUUUUCGGGUGUGACAGCUAGGUGGUGUAUGGAGCGAAACGGGGGUUAUAUAUAGACCAGUUCUGUGAAAAAUUUAUGGCCAUAUGUUGCUUGACUUUGGCGUUGGUUGGCCAAUGGGGUGGUGAUUUUAAGGACUUAGAGCAAAUAAAAUAUGACCUCAACGGAUGACUCUAUGGACGAUGACGUAUUUGAAACGCAAGAAGACGUAGACGCAAAAAUAAAAUAUCUGGAAGAGAAUAUUGACAGAAAGGCAAACACCAAAUCUCCCACGGGAUACAAAGGAUACCAGCCGCCACCUGAGGUCCUAAAUUUGUGCCGAACUAACUUAUUAGAUGACGUUGAGAUACCCAUACAUAAGACUAUACUGCUAGGAGAUAGUGGAGUCGGAAAAACUUCGCUGUUAGUCAAGUUUGAUACUGGAAAGUUUGAAUCUGGAAAAUUUUCUGCUACUGUAGGCAUCGGAUUUACUAGCAAAGUAGUAGACGUUGACAAUACUAAAGUAAAACUCCAAAUUUGGGACACUGCCGGGCAAGAGAGGUUUAGAAGUGUAACGCAUGCUUAUUACAGAGACGCACAUGCCUUAUUGCUACUUUAUGACGUUACCAACAAAAACAGUUUUGAUAACAUAAGAGCGUGGUUGGGCGAGAUAAAAGAAUAUGCUCAAGAUGACGUUGCUAUUAUGCUUUUAGGUAAUAAAGCAGACUGUGGUACUCAACGAGCAGUGAGGAGAGAAGAAGGAGAACGAUUGGCUAGAGAAUACUGCGUGACUUUUAUGGAAACUUCUGCCAAAAGUGGACAGAAUGUUGAGCUUGCGUUUCAUGCUAUUGCCAAGGAACUGAAAUACCGACAAGAUGGAGAACGCGAUCCUCAGAGAUUCAACGUACAAGAUUACAUUCGAGAACAAGCAGAGACCUCUUCAGCUCAACAGUGUCCGCCUUGUAGUUAUUAAACAAUCUUAAUUUAUUUUAUUAAAGAAAAG